UUCCACCUUCUGCAACUCAGAGCCGCCCGGCCGGGAAAAGGAGCCCGGCAUGUUCGUUCCUUUGCGGUGGCUCCGCGAGCCGCCCCGUCACCUGCUCGUGUGCGAGAGGAGCCACGUGCGGCAUGAGCGCUCCAGCCACGUGGCCCGAGUGCGCGACCACGCCUUCAACUGCCGGGUGACCUUUUUGAUCCCGAAUUGUGGAUUAGUUCCAGAUAUAUUUAAAAGUGCAGUUGCAAGUCUUGGGGAGUAUUACUUGGUGAAGAACUUGCCUCUUCAUGAGAUUGUUACAGAGGAAUUUAUUAGCACGUUUGUGAAGAAAGGAUCAUGUUAUGCUCUUACAUAUAAUACAAGAAUUGAUGAAGACAAUACUGCUGCUUUGCUACCAACAGGCAAACUAAUUUUGUCAGUGGACAAAGACACUUAUGAAGAACUUGGUUUGCAAGGCCAUCCGUCUCGGUAUUCCGGUAAAAAACCAAUGAGAUUCAUUAUUAAUAUUGACUUGACUGAACCAACUUUUGGUCCUGAUAGCAAGAGGUAUAAGAGAGUGAUCUGGGCCCUGAAAGAGAAAAAACCUCUCGAGUUUGAUUUCCUGCUGGCUUGGCACCACACAGGAUCAGAAGAGUCAACACUGAUGUCAUACUUUUCCAAAAACCAAAUACAGGCCUUGCAGCCAAAAGUAACAUUCAGCACAUUAAGGAAUUUGCAGUGUCCAGUGCUGGAGAAUAAUAAACUGAAAGGGGAACCAGAAGCGGCAUGCAGUGCGCAGGAAUUCUUUGAAUGGUUUGGGGCCAUUCUCAGUUGUGAUGACCUAGAAAACACAGCCUCCAGUUUCUUAUCAACCUAUUCAUGCCCUCAGCCAAGCACAUUUGUUGAUCAAGCUUUGUUGUGUACGAUAACUGGCUUUAUCCUUCCAGAGAAGAUAAUUCAUAUAUUAGAACAAAUAUGCUGCUAUUUUGAAGAACCGAAGCUGGCUGAGUGGAUAUCGUUGGUAGUUCAUGGCUUUGCCGACAGCCCAGUUUCGUGGAAAGAAAACGAACAUGGUUUCCUGAGAGGAGGAGAGAAUUUAUAUAACUUGGUCAUCUUCCGGAGCCUGGACUACUGGCUCCAAAUGGCAGUUGGAGCGCAUGAUGAUUGUCCUUAAGUAAUGCAGACACACACAUCCGGGGAUAAUUAAUUACUGUUUCUAAAAGGCAGAUGGCAUCAUCUGCCAAAAUUCAAAAGUAACUGAAGGGAAAUAAUGUGGAGCUUCAUGAUUUAUUAUUUUUUAUCCACAUAUUUAUUUCAGAUCAGGGUUUUUUAAAAUACAGUGGAACCUCGUUUUUUGUUGGCGAUCCGUUCGGAAACACCCAAUGAAAACCGAAACCGCCGAAAACCAAGGUACGCAAAGCAAAUGACGCAGCAAAGUUAAGAACACAAGAAAGAGCCUGCUGGAUCAGACCAGAGUCCAUCUAGCCCAGCACUCUGCUACUCACAGUGGCCCACCAGAUAUCUUUGGGAGCUCACAUGCAGGAGGUGAAAGCAAUGGCCUGCUGCUGCUGCUGCCGAGCACCUGGUCUGCUAAGGCAUUUUCAGGCACAACGCAAAUGACACAGCUUAAUUAUGCAAAAGUCGCCUUGGAUUUCGUCGGCAGGCAACCGACGAAAACCGAGGCAAUACAACGGCUCGUGAUGAUCGAUGAUAACUGAAACCGACAAAAUCCAAAGUCGUCAUAAACCGAGGUUCCACUGUAGUUAAAAUUAAUAGUUGAAACUGGAGUUUUCUGUUCCUAUCCCUCAAAGUUCAGAAGGGCAGACAAUACACCUGGAGAAAAGGGUAGUGACCACUGCAACCUUAGUUAUAAGCCAAACAAAAAAAGCUACUGGAAGAAUUCAUGACGAAAAUACCCACCUUCCAUUCCUUGGCAUCUUUCCUUAUUUAUUAUAAGGUGUCUGCAAAGAGCUUACUAUUGAAAGUAGACUUAUGUUAUUUCUGGGAUACACAUUUGUUCAAUUAUACUGUUUGUAGUAAUUCGUUUUUUUUACCUGUUUUAUAGAUGUGAACGAUUACAUAUUUUGGAAAAUGUUACUGUGAAAAUAAUUUGAUUGUAAAUAAAAACCUUUAAAAAUAAACUUUUAAAUGCACUAUA